AUGGACUACUGCUCCUCCGCCAAUAACACAGCUGUUCUCUCGGAUCGUCCCAACUUCACCACCUACGUGGGUGACCUAACCCAUCCGCGCGAUGUGGUGGACUGCAUGGAGAAGCACAACAUCGACACGGUGAUGCAUUUUGCGGCCCAAUCGCACGUUGACCUGAGCUUUGGCAACUCGUACAGCUUCACGCAGACCAACGUCUUUGGGACGCACGUGCUGCUGGAGAGUGCGAAAAAGGUGGGAAUUCGCCGCUUCAUCCAUGUCUCGACGGACGAGGUGUAUGGGGAGGUGAAAGGCGGCGAGGACGAUUUACCCGAGACCAGUAUACUGGCGCCGACGAAUCCAUACUCGGCGAGCAAGGCCGCCGCUGAAAUGAUGGUGCAGUCGUAUCAAGCGAGCUUUAAGCUGCCGUGUAUUAUUGUGCGGAGUAACAAUGUCUACGGCCCGCAUCAAUACCCAGAAAAGAUCAUAUCAAAAUUUGCCUGUCUAUUAAAUAGAAGGCAACCCGUCGUCCUUCACGGAGACGGCAGUCCUACCCGGCGCUACCUCUACGCUGGCGACGCGGCCGAUGCCUUCGACACCAUUCUGCACAAGGGCCAGAUCGGGCAAAUCUACAAUGUCGGUUCCUCCGACGAGGUUUCCAACAUUGAUCUGUGCGCCAAGCUGCUCUCCGUCAUGGGUAUGGUGGACGGCCGCAGCGAGGACCCCGCCACGGUCAUGCAAGAACCCGCUUUCCGCACCUGGGUCAAGUACACGCACGACCGGCCCUUUAACGACUGUCGCUAUGCGGUGGACGGAUCGAAGCUGCGCGGCCUGGGCUGGAGCCAGCGGACGAGGCUGGACGAGGGCCUCCGCAUCACGAUCGACUGGUACCGACGUUUCGGCGAGACAUGGUGGGGAGACAUCAGCCAUGUCUUGACGCCAUUUCCCGUGGUGGAUGAAGAGGGCUUGAUAGUGCCGGAUUUCGAUCAUAGAAUGCGCGACGACCCCGUGGGCUCGGAUGAAGAAUCGCAGCCGGAGACGUUGGGGGUGAAGAAGCACACGAGCGGGUGA